AUGCAGAUCAUUCACAACAGGUGUGAGUUUGAGGACAAGCAAGUUAUCAAGCUACAAGAGACCCCCGAUGAGGUACCCGCUGGACAGACGCCACAUUCGGUGUCAGUUUGUGUUUAUAACGAGUUGGUAGAUUUCUGUAAGGCUGGUGACCGCAUCAAGGUCACAGGUAUCUACCGUGUUAGCCCAGUUAGGGUAAACCCACGUCAGCGCUCUGUCAAGAGCAUAUUCAAGACCUUUGUUGAUGUUGUCCACGUCGCCAAGGUCGAUAAUAAGAAAAUGGAUAUAGAUAUAUCUAUCCUUGAUGAUGGAGCUAACGACGAGGAGAAUAAUAUCGAAGAAACCCGAAAUAUCAGCCCCGAGGAAGAAGAAAAAAUCAAGGCUACGGCCGCCCGUCCGGAUAUCUAUGAACUUCUUGCCCGGUCACUAGCUCCAUCUGUCUACGAAAUGGACGACGUAAAGAAGGGCAUUCUCCUCCAAAUGUUUGGAGGAACAAACAAAACAUUCGAGAAAGGUGGCAGCCCGAAAUAUCGAGGUGAUAUUAACGUCUUACUAUGUGGUGACCCGUCAACAUCAAAGUCUCAGCUGCUCAAGUACAUUCACAAGAUCGCCCCUCGUGGUGUUUACACUAGCGGCAAAGGAUCUUCUGCGGUCGGUCUUACGGCGUACGUCAGUCGUGACCCUGAGACUAGGCAACUCGUGCUCGAAUCUGGUGCUUUGGUUUUGUCUGAUGGUGGCGUCUGUUGUAUUGACGAGUUUGACAAGAUGUCCGAUUCUACACGUUCUGUUCUUCAUGAAGUCAUGGAGCAGCAGACAGUUUCAGUAGCCAAAGCCGGUAUCAUUACUACGUUGAAUGCCAGGACAAGUAUUUUGGCAUCGGCCAAUCCAAUUGGGUCUCGAUACAAUCCCGACCUACCUGUACCGCAAAAUAUUGAUUUACCACCUACGUUAUUAUCGCGAUUCGAUCUUGUUUAUUUGAUCCUUGAUCGUGUCAACGAGUCGGCCGACCGCAGAUUAGCGCGACAUUUACUUUCCAUGUAUUUGGAAGAUACUCCACAAUCUGCUCCUUCGAUUAAUGAGAUAUUGGUAUCCUGUGGAGUUCUUAACGUCCUACAUCUCGUACGCUCGUACUCACAUCCACCCGACGUUGACCAAGAUGCUUCGCAGGCACUUGUGGAUGCGUACGUGAAUAUGCGCAAAUUAGGACAAGAUGUUCGCGCAGCAGAAAAACGUAUUACUGCUACGACACGUCAGCUUGAGUCGAUGAUCCGCCUCGCUGAAGCACACGCCAAAAUGCGACUCUCGACGACAGUGACUAAAGCUGAUGUUUUUGAAGCCGAGAGACUUAUCCAGUCGGCAUUGAAGACUGCAGCGACAGAUUCUCAGGGUCGCAUCGAUAUGAGUCUUCUCACAGAAGGCACCAGUGCUGCAGAGCGGAAACGCAAGACCGAGCUGAAGGAGGCUAUCCUACGUCUUCUGGAUGAGCUAACCAGUAGUGGGCAGAAUGUCCGGUGGAGUGAAGUUAGCAAACGUCUAAACGAAGGGGCGAGUGUUCCUAUUGAACCUGCCGAUUUUGCCGAGACUAUGAGAGCGCUCGAAAUGGAGGGAUCUGUCAUGAUCAGUGGCGAGGGUGCGAGGAGGAGCGUGAGACGCGUCACUGACAAAGUGUCUGUCACGCCUUCUUCUAACCUAAUCAGCGAAGCUGAAGCCCAAAAGCUGGCUGCAUUCCCCGAACUCAAGGAGAAAGGAUUUCAGGCCCCGAAAAGCCAGACUCGUGAGCAUGUUAAAAAGCCCAUUAAUGUGCCCUUCGCCUUUCAAACACCCGCGUCCGGUGUCUUUGACAACAAUGCUCACGAGGUUUUAUGUCCUGGCUCGCUUUGGCGCCGUGGAUUACGAUGUGACGAUCUGGGCUUCGGGAUAUCCGUAGGCCAGCACCGGGGCGGACACGUACCUUUUGACGUAGACAUUACUGAUGCUCUGGCAAAUGCUUGGAAGAAUAUCGGUAAGGGGGAAUUGAACCUCAUCUUGCGCAUUCGCGACUCGCCGCAUGACCUUGCUCAGCCUCGUGGUAAGCAAUAUUGGGCGCCAAAGCCAGAGUCUAUUUUCUACAAGCCUACUAGUGGGAUAUGGCAACCGGUUUGGUUGGAAGUUUUACCACGGAUACGGAUUGGCGACAGUAGGGCGGGCACAAUAUUAAAGUCCAAUAACAUUUCUGAAGGCCUGCUAGAAGCUACAGUGGCCGUUCUGGGACGGAGAGCUGGUCAUGGGUAUAGUGUUGAGAUCGAGGGUUAUCUUUACAGUGUCAGCGUAGCCAAGACGAAAGAAAACCUACCUAGCGACAAGGACUAUGUUUCUAUUAACCUCGGCUUAUCUCUGAGCGACGAUCAGAAGUCAAACGCACCGCCGACCCUUGCCCAGGACGCCCCCUACUAUGAUAGCCACUCCUGGCGAGAGGACAAGCUUAUCGAUGAAGUCAAGACGUACACUGGAUUUCGAAGCAUCGACUGGAACCGAGGCGACAGAACCCUCAGGUUGAACGACAAGCCACUCUUCCAAGCGCUGACCCUCGACCAAGGCUACUGGCCCGAGACGGGCCUCACACCGCCGUCACCUGAUAGUCUACGAUUGGACAUUGAGCUGACGAAGAAGAUGGGCUUUAACGGGCUGGGGUUCCUCGUCUGGGGUGAGAUGGCAAACGCAUACGAGUUCAACGAAGACUACGCUGAAAGAUUUAGCCAAGAAUGGGUAGAGGCUGUGAAGAGGGAUAUUAACCACCCCUCGAUUGUGACUUGGACUCCUGUUAAUGACCAACGAAAUCAUAUUCGGUCGCUCUACCAUAUCACAAAGACGCUCGACCCAACGCGCCCCGUCAACGACAACUGCGGCUGGGAACACGUCAUAACAGACCUAAGCACAUUCCACGACUACUCAGACGCCCCAGACCUAUCUAAGACUUGUGCCACUCUAGAAGGCAUUCUAGGGAAGAAGCUUGCCGACCGUGACUUCUUUGUCGGGCCACUAACACUUAAAGACGGGAGAACCGACAGCGGGACCAAGCAUAGGGAGGGUGCUCCUGUCAUAUGUACCGAGUUCGGCGGCGUCAACAUUGCGCCCAGGAAGGGGGCGGAAAGCGGAGAUGGGGAUUGGGGUUACACGACUGCGAGCGAUCCGAAGGAUUUACUAAAACGUCUUGAGGCUUUGAUGCAGGCAGUUGUUCAGGGGGGGCAUAUUUGUGGAUUUGUGUAUACUCAGCUGUCCGACGUCGAGCAGGAAGUCAACGGCUUAUACUCAUUCGACAGGAGGGAGAAGAUUCCAGCAGACGAGGUUAGCAAGCUUAUCGAAGCGGCGAGGAAGACGUACUUCGACAAUCUUGCUAAGGGGACCUAA